AUGGAUAAAGAUUGGAUGUCCAAAAAUAGAUUAUCGGACGAGUACGAAAUUGGAGUGGAGUCUUUCUUGCAGUUUGCCGUUAAAAAUGGAAAAGAUCCCAAUGCUAUGCCUUGUCCUUGUGUAAAGUGUGGCAAUCUACGUGAUAAGGAUGUGAAAACCAUAAGAGCUCAUCUCACGUAUAAUGGAAUGGAUUUAACAUACGUUAGUUGGAUCUUCCAUGGGGAGAGAACUAGGCCUAACACAAGCAAUAAAGAAGAAGAGAGCACUGCGGGUCAUGAUUUUUGUUCGGAUGAGCCAAUAGACAUGGUGCAUGAUGCAUAUGUUGACAAUCCAACUCAUUUCCAUAGACUGCUCGAGGAAGCUGAGAUGCCCUUAUAUCUUGGAUGUGAUCAAUUCACGAAGUUGUCUGCAACUGUUAAAUUAUACAAUUUGAAGGCAAAAUAUGGUUGGAGCGAUACUUCUUUUACAGAUCUACUUGUGUUGAUAAGAGAAAUGCUUCCGAAGGAUAAUGUAUUGCCUGCAUCUUUAUAUGAGGCAAAAAAGAGCUUAUCUACGUUGGGGAUGAAGUAUGAAAAGAUUCAUGCUUGCCCUGAGGAUUGUAUUUUGUAUCGACAUCAGCAUGCGAAUUUGGUGAAUUGUCCUACAUGUGGAAAGUCAAGGUGGAAGGUGCUUAAGAAUGACAAGAUUAAUGAAGGGGUUCCAGCAAAAGUGUUAUGGUACUUUCCACCAAUACCGAGAUUCCAACGAAUGUUUGGAAAUAAAGAGAUGUCUAAGAAUUUAAGAUGGCAUGCAGAUAAGCGAAUUUGUGAUGGCCAUCUACGUCAUCCUGCAGAUUCACCUGCUUGGAAACUUGUGGAUGAACAAUGGCCAAAUUUUGGCAACGAACCAAGAAAUCUUAGAUUGGCACUUUCAGCAGAUGGUAUCAAUCCUCAUAGUGUCAUGUCAUCUAAGUAUAGUUGUUGGCCAAUUAUUCUUAUAACUUAUAACCUUCCUCCAUGGUUAUGUAUGAAAAGAAAACAUAUGAUGCUUACUUUGUUGGUUUUCGGUCCACACCAACCAGGAAAUGAUAUUGAUGUAUACUUGGCACCAUUGAUUGAUGAUUUGAAACAAUUGUGGGAAACAGGUGCUGAGAUAUAUGAUGCAUAUCACAAUGAAAAUUUCAUGCUCAAAGCUGUUCUACUUUGGACAAUCAAUGAUUUCCCUGCAUAUGGCAAUUUAUCAGGGAGCAGAGUAAAAGGGUAUUUUGCAUGUCCUGUUUGUGUUGACCAAACUUAUGCCAAACAUUUAAAGCACAGUAGAAAAAUGUCAUAUACUGGGCAUCGAAGAUUCUUACCAGAUUAUCAUCCUUAUCGAAGACAGAAGAAAGCAUUUAAUGGAAAGAACGAGUUAAAGCCUACUCCCAAUAUAUUGAGUGGCACUGAAGUCUUUGAAAGGGUGGAGGAUCUAAACACCGUGUGGGGUAAAAAGAGUAAGAAAUCUCAAUCAAAAGGAGGUGAUGACAAUAAUGCUUGGAAGAAGAAAUCAAUAUUUUUUGAGUUGGAGUACUGGAAGCAUUUGCACAUUCGACAUUGUCUUGAUGAAAAACUAAGGAUGGAGUGA